AUGGGUUUACACGAGACGGCCACGGCCGACAGCACGGAGUCCACGACGCUGCUGGCGCAGCUCUGCGAGCUGAAAAGCUGCCGCGGCGUCACCGAGACCAUCCGCCGGAAGGUGGAGAACCAGCUGGCGGCCCCGACCAGCCCCUGCCUCUCCACCACCCACAGCCUCAACUCCCGAGAGUCGACCAGAAGCUUGACGCCGCGAGAAGGCAGUCCCGAAGAGUCCCCGCUCUUUGAGGAGUCCGAGAAGGACUUUUCCACUGCCUGGCAGACAGACCAAGAGAUUAGCGCUACGGCGGUUUCCAAGGAGCGGGAGCUGCAGCCCUGGGAAGAACCUGGGGGCUGCGACGCCACCUUGGAGGAGCUUUCAUCCUCCAAAGGUGAUUGGGAUCAGUUCAAGGUGAACGCGGACCUCUUUGGUUACGUGUCGACUUUUAAGGAGGACCUGUCGCAGUACACCACGGCCAUCGACCUGGGGAAGGUGCCUUUGGCGGCGCGGAAGCGCGCGGAGCGCCUCGCCAAGGAGAUCGAACUCAAAGGCCCCCGAGGAGCGAUGGAGGAGCUGGGCCCGGCGGAUGAGGAGGAGCUCUUCUCCGCGGUGCCCCGGGAGGAUGCUAAACCGCUGCACACGGUGUCCGGGUCCUUCUUCCAUGUGGACGGGGUGGGCCUGGUGGACGAGAACGUAGUUCGCUCCAACCCCUGGAUGCUCAAGAGCCAAGCCAGCCAGGUGCUCUCCACGCAGGAGACCGAGGCCUCGGUUCUGAGCACAGCACCUCUGCCGGCGCCGGUGAAACCAGCGGUUUCAGCGCCACCGGCGCCGGCACCAGUUGCCCCCGCGCCAAUGCAAGUGCACAUGCAGCAGCAACUGCAUAUGGAACAGAUGCAGGCGCAACAGAUGGAGCAGAUGCAACUGCAACAGAUGGAGCAGAUGCAGAUGGAGCAGAAUUACCAGAUGCAGAUGGAGCAGAAUUACCAGUACCAAAUGCAAAUGGGGAUGGAGAUGUGGUCCAUGUUUGCUCCAGGGACGCAAGUGGUGGUGGACGGCUUAGUGCACGCUGCCAGCUUCAACGGCCUGUCCGGCUGGAUCGAGUCCUUCGACGCAGAGACGAACCGCUACAACGUACAGCUGCCCAUGAUGGACGCGUCAGGGGCAUAUCAAGUAGCCAAGAUCCUGCCUGAGAACUUGAUGCUCGACCCGCGGGCCUCUUAUUGCCAAUGA